AUGAGUUAUUCCUAUCGCCAACCUAAUGAGUAUGAGCUGUCGAGGACGAGUGCGUACUCAUCGGACGAGAUAGAAGACUCGUUACCAUAUGACGACGAGGAUGCCGACCGCGAUGACUUUCAGACCCAUUUACUUACUGGCCAGUCUGUGUCGAGUGCGGUCAAGCCGCCGAUCUCCUCUCACUCUAUCGCCCUAGCCCCUGCCUGGCUGCGGAAGCAGCCUCGUCUACAGCGGUCUCGAGCCGGAUCGAAUCGACUUCCACGACGGUAUGGCCGCGCACCGAGAUCACUCCUUCGAGCCUUCAUUCUCCUUUGUUACGUAUUCUGUACCAGCAUCGCCGCUAUUGUCAUUGUAGGCGGCGUGUUCUUCCCCGGCUACACUCACCUUCCACCCCACUACCAGGCACUGAGAGAAAGAGCGCUGGCGUCUCAGGAACCAGGCCGGGCCAACAUACAUAAUCAGAAGGUUUUCAUUGCAGCGAGCAUAUACGAUAAAGGCGGGAAACUGCUCAGCGGAAACUGGGCACAGAACGUGCUGGAUCUGAUAGAGUUAUUGGGGCCCAAGAACACAUUCCUGUCGAUAUACGUCAACGAUUCAGGCCCGGAGGCGCAGGAGGCGUUGGAAGGGCUGGAACAACGGGUGCCGUGCGAGCAUGCACUGGUGUUCCAAGACCACCUGAACAUUGACAACCUGCCUCACAUUCACAUCUACGGGCAGGAACGGGUAAAGCGCAUUGAAUAUCUGGCCGAAGUUAGAAAUCGAGCCCUGGCACCACUAGACGCGGUCGACACCACGUUCGACAAACUCCUCUACCUAAACGAUGUGGUUUUUCACCCUAUUGAAGCAGCCCAACUACUAUUUUCGACACACACUGUCACUAAUGAAGUGACUGACUAUCGAGCGGCAUGUGCGGUGGAUUUCAUCAACCCUUUCAAAUUCUACGACACUUUUGCAACCAGAGAUGCUGAGGGGUACAGCAUGGGGUUGCCAUUCUACCCUUGGUUUGCGGCAGGUGGUGACGAAACUAGUCACAAUGAUGUGCUGGAAGGCAAGGAUGCCGUGCGGGUCAAGAGCUGUUGGGGUGGGAUGGUUACAUUUGACGCGCGCUUUUUCCAGAAACGACCCGGUCACGCCGAAUUGGUAACCGCCGGGAACCAAGGCCCAAGCAAUCUCUCCGCGCCUUAUCGGUUCCGUGCGGAGAAGGAUCAAUACUGGGAUGCUUCCGAAUGUUGUCUCAUUCAAGCGGACAUUCAGAGCCCGGAGCCACGAAAUUCAGGCAUCUACAUGAAUCCGUUCGUUCGAGUUGCCUAUGAUUCUACGACACUGUCGUGGCUGAGCUUCACCCGACGUUUCGAACGAUUAUACACACCCAUCCACUGGUUGAUUGACGUCUCUACAAGCAAGCCGAAAUUCAAUCCACGGCGGCAUGAGGAGCCGUGGCAGCAAGUCGAGGAGGCGGUCUGGGUUCCAGACGAAUCACUACCGAACAAUGGCUCCUUUCAUCAGGUGAUGAGAACAGCCUCACAUGCAGGAUUUUGUGGUCGCCGUGGGUUGGCCUUGAUCAAAGAAAAUGUUAACGAAGGGGAAAGAAACUGGGAAGUCGUGCCGGCCCCUUCAGGAGCUCUAUGA